AUGGGGGUUUUUUUCCGAACUCGGAUCCCGGGACUUCUGAUAUUUGCAUAUUACAUCAGUUUGCUGUCAUCUGCAGAUCCCACGAAAGGUAAAUUUGCCGCUCAUUCCUUAAAAGUUUUGUUGAUGGAUGGUGAUCUUGGGGGAGAUAAGAGUGACAUGGAGUUUACCGCAUUCUUCGCCCUUAAUUUGACCCGACAAACCGAGAUGAGGUUCGAAAUGAAAUUCAGGAUCCGUUUUUACCCUUUCUGAAGGGAUAAUGGCAGGGCUCUCCUUUCCUUCGCCUUCCCUCAGAGUAAUGAUCUUAAUGAGCACAUUUAAGUAAAUCUCCUGAGGGAAAGUCCGGUCUCGCGGCUGGUUUGCACUUUGUUUGUACAACCUCAAAAUCCAGUGAUCCGACACUUUCUCUCCUCGGUUCUUCGAGGAUGGGAAUACUUUCGCCAUUCUCAGAAAUCAAAUAAAUUAGAUUCGAAUCAAGGGAAAACACACAUCGGCUUCCAAAUUUAUUAGAUGGGGUCACCAAUUCUCAGGGAAAGCGGAAGAAUGUCAGCGAGUCAGUUAAAAACAUUACUUACUCCUCCGUGGGAGGUUUAUAGAGCUAAGUCACCAACAUCCAAUUUUCCUUAAAUUUUGGAAAAAAUAAGAUCAUUUAGAUCGAAUACGGCUGCGACGACAAUUUAAUGGCCACGGACCCCAGAUUGACCUAAACAUUACGGUGCCCUAUAUAUUCAGUGCUCGUUUAUAUCCCUAUGGACAAUCGAAGGGAGAUCACAUCACACAAUUAGAUCCUCAACCAAUAGACCUUCAUACUCCAUUAAAAUUGUUUGGACGAAAUUAUGAGACAUUGCUCAUCCAUAAAGAUGGAUACCUAAGUCUUUCCCCAUCCAGUAACUUCUUUCCCACUGAUAACGAACGACCAGUUAUUGCAUUGUUUUGGAUGCCGUCAAAAGGCGGAAGGGUGUAUUUUAGAGAGACUACGGAAACUUCCAUUCUGUCAUUGGUGCAAAACGAAGUUAAUAUUCAAUAUCGGUAUGGAAAAGAAUUUAAACCGAGUUCUGUGCUAAUCGUAACUUGGGAAGGGACGUUUAGUGUGGCCGAUGAGGUAAAAUACGAUUCAAAAAUUAUCAAUUCUAAAUUGUAGAGAACAGAAGGGAAUAUUUUCCAAGUUGCCAUUGUUCUCUCUAAUCAAGGUACCUUUGCACAUUUUGUUUACAGCAGACUGGUAUCCAACAACAACGCCGCUGUAAGUGGUUUAAAGUUUAUUUUUAUCAUCAUCAAUUUCAAUAAGAAUUUAUUGUUUUUUAGGCCGGCUUCAGCGGUUCUCCCUUUACAGAAGCUCAUUUUUAUCUUCCCGGUUCUGGCACUCCAACAUCAUCACAUCUGGUUGAGAAAUCGAAUAUUGGAAUUCCAGGAGAAUGGCUCUUCAGAAUCGAUGACUCCCAGAUAUAUUUGUGUGGAGCCGGCUUCAAAGGGCUCGAAUGUGUGGAUUCCUGUAGUCCCAAUCAAUGGUAUCUGGACUGUUCUCGGGAAUGUCAUUGCCAUUCUGGAGUGGCUUGUAAUACCGAGACUGGUGUCUGUCCCAAUAAUCAAUGCAGUCCUGGUUGGACAAAUGCUCCGAGAUGUGAUGAGGAUGUGGAUGAAUGUCUCGACUCUCUCCAUAUUUGUCCCGAGGAGCAGCCUGAUUGUGUGAACACAGCCGGAUCUUAUCUAUGUCUAUGUUUUGAAUACGAUAACACAACAAACUCCUGCCGAUCUAAACAAAGCGGUAAUCGGAUUCCGACGGAGAAGAUCCCGGUCUCAGUCAUGCCACUGGUCCCUCAAAUUGCCCAGAAGGCCACGCCGAAACAGUCGAUUAAGUCGAGGGAUUCGUUGACAACUUCAUUCUCCGUAGAUUCCUUUGGCCCAUCAAUGACAUCAGUGUCCCAAUUGCAGACUAUUGCUCCCAUAUUUGCUCAAACAGAUCAUCCGUUGACAAUCCAGCCAGUGUUGGGCACAAGGGCGAGAUCCCCAUCAAGUUCAACUACCCUGAUUACCCCUCCACCAGCACCCAUUUGCCCUCAAUGUGAUCAGAAUGGUCAUUGUGAAGGGAAUGAAUGUGUCUGCAACACUGGAUGGACUGGAAAUGGAAUUGUAAGGAUGAUUAUUGAUCAUAGACGUCAAGAAAUUCUUUUCAGGAAUGCAUCGAUCUCAAUGAGUGUGCUCAAGAUGGCAUCUGUGGAGCCAAUGCUCUGUGCCAAAAUACCCUAGGAUCAUACCAAUGUGUUUGUGACGUGGGAUUUGUGGCCACAGGGCAAGGAUGCGUAGAUUUGGAUGAAUGCUCGGAGGGAUUGGUGACUUGUAGAGGGGGAGUUACAGCCAGAUGUGUCAAUAAACCAGGAGGGUUUGAAUGUCAAUGUGCUCCAGGGUACACUGGCUCGCCUGAGGGUCCUCAAGGUUGUCAAGGUGAGCAAUAUUGCGACAAUUUAGUAAUCAUUACAUCAUCUCCACUAAAUGAAAUUCUUCUAAAACCAAUGACUAAACUUUCAGACAUCAAUGAAUGUGACACCCCUGAACUCUACUGUGGAAAUAAGGCCAAAUGUAAAAACAAUCCGGGUUCGUACUCUUGCGAAUGCUUCGAGGGAUACGAAAAAGCUCACAAUUCGACGACAUGCGUGGACAUAAACGAAUGCCUUUUAAGCCCAUGUGAUUCAUCAGCUGUUUGUACUAACCUGGAUGGCACAUUUCAAUGUAAAUGUGUUGAUGGAUUCGUUGGAAACGGAAUUGAAUGUAGAGGUAAUCUUAGGAGUCAUAAUGUCAUCAUUUUGUAGAAACAAUUCUAUUCCCCACUGGAAGACAGACUUCGGCUUUGCCUCAAACGGAUAAUGCAGUCAUGCCUUAUCGACUGGAACAACCACUUAAGGUGUUCGGAAAGGAAUUCGAAGUGGUUUUUGUAGGUUUCAACAACCAUCCGGCCAUACAAAAUAUAUUCAGAUAUCAGCCAACGGACUUGUGAGCUUUGAUCGGGCUUUCAGUGAGCCUGUUCUGAACCCGGAGUCAUUGAGAUCUAUUGUUUUUUAUCCGCUGCACGACUCAUACAAGUCAAAGCCCGAGAGUUCUGUCACCUUUAAAGAAAUAACUGGUAUGAAAAUAUUAAACGUCAUGGUUUAAACAUUCAAUUUCAGAAUCCGACGCUACAAACUACGGUCUCUUAAGCCGAGCAUCUCUUCUGGUCCAGAAUAAAUUCAAUAUGCUCAGGUUUCAUGCUAAUCGUUUAUUGGUCGUGACCUACGAAAAACUGUCGGUUUUAAAUUCUUUCAACCAAAAUACUUUCCAACUUGUGAUUGCGCAAUCGAAUGACGCAUCAUUUGUCAUCUAUCUCUAUGAGAAUGUCGAUGAGGACAGUAACUCAGCGAUUGUUGGCUUCUCUUAUCCCAAUGGUAUGGUCUCAGUCCCCGCCAAAACAAUCGCCAAGACCUCUAACGUAGGACAGAAGGGGAAAUGGAUCUGGAAGAUCGAUAAUCCCCACAGAAUCGAGAAUUGCCCGGCAGGAAAAAGGGAGCCCCCUUUCUGCGAAGAUGGUAAGUGAUAAUGAAAAUUUGUACAGUAUGUUAGCCUUCAUUAAACAAAAUAUUUUUUUAAAGACUGUACCCCAGGACGAUGGGGAUUCUCUUGCGAAAAAAAAUGCAAAUGUGCCGACGGAAUGCCCUGCGAUUUUGGAAGUGGAUUUUGUGCAAAUGGAAAGUGCGCUUCAGGGUUUGAAGGUCCGAGUUGCGGAAACGGUAAGUCCAGGAUAUUUGGUCUUCUAAUCACUGUAUGUAGAUAUUGAUGAAUGUCAAAGAGAAAUACACAAUUGUCAUGUCGACGCUGUUUGCACAAAUACAUAUGGCUCUUUCACUUGUAAAUGUCGUCCUUUGUUUGCCGGAGACGGUGUGUCUGUUUGCAAAGGUAUGUUGUUCAUAAUUUGUGUACGUCACACAUCAAUAUAACGGUGGUCAUCAUAUAAGUUCUGGAAUUUUUUUCGAAAUCACAAUUUUCGGUGCACAAAAAAGUCGACUCGGAAAUUGAAAAAUCGGCGUCGACUUAAGCUGGUCUAGCAUUUGGCGGGGUACACCAACCUUGAAUUUUGUCCAUUUUAUGGACCAUCCUUUAUGUACCCACCGGUAUAUGAAUAUCGUAAUAAUCAAUUUUUUCAGAGAUCGAUGAAUGUUUCAAACGCUUCAACAAGAGUUGUGCCCCCCACAGUCGAUGUGAUACCACAAAUCCCGAUUACCCGGAAUGUGUGUGCAUAGACAGAUAUCACGGAGAUGGAAGACGACUGUGUCAGCCAGAUCUAACAACCACUACUCCAUUAUCCACAUUACCAACGACUACUACUGUAGUGCCAAAAAUCAUCGUUCCCAAAGAAUCAGAGGAAGACAUACCAUUCAACAUGAGGACAUGGACCUCAGUAGAGAGUAAGGCGGAAGUUACUCAGCCUAUUAAGACAACUGAGGCUACAACAACUAAGAAGAUACCACAACGACCCAAAGUAGACGUGGCCAAAGAUUAUGAUGACACGGAUAAUGAUAUCACGGUCGGAUCCAAAUUGGAGGAUACGAUAGAAACAUCAAGUAGUAAGUGAUUAAAUAUUAUAAAUCCAACCGACCUUGUUCUAGUACUCUUCCUGAUCGUCCCAGGUGUAGUAGUCGGAGUGUGGCUAGUUCUGGUGAUGGUCGUCCUAGUCCAGUGUUGUCGAAGGCGGAGGAAUGUCCGCCUAACCAAAUAUUCGCCGCAAAUGAUGAGCUAUGGCCAACAUGGCGCCAAUACAACGUCAUCAUAUUUCGGACCCAAUCUCAAUUGA